AUGGAGGUCUCUUUGACUACACCUGCGUGUCAUCUACCAGCCAGUAUGGCUAUGGAAAUAUCUCAACAACAACAGAUUGUUUCCUCCAACAGUGUACCCGUGUCGGUAGAAACUUAUAGUAGUCAUAGUAGUGAGAAAACAUUCAACAUUCAGAGUCAGUCGGACAAUUUCAGUAGUCCAAAUGCUGUACAGACGUCGUUUAAUGUUCAUAACUCUGUGGAUUCAUUUAAUGUUGUGUCUCCUUCGGGAGAAAGCUAUUGUACAGAAAAUGUGGAACGUGGAAACCCGUUGUUGUCCAUGUCGGAUGCUUCACAACAAAAUCAAUCAUUUACAUAUCCCCAUGCGGAUGUACCAACUUUUGGGACCGUUAGUAGUGAUGAGAUAAAAAAACAGACAGAACCCCGUUCUUCGGGGUCAGUGUUACAUCAGUUGCUUACGCAAACCAAUCAGACGGAUUAUUUUGAUUUGACUAACACUAGUAGUCCGGAUACAAUUUCAAGUCCAGAUUAUCCUAAUGUCGACUCUCCAUCAUCAAUAUCGUCACCAAACCCGGACCCAAACACACAGGCGACUCUGAUUAACCAGACAAAUCGGGUGCGAAUAGACUCCGAUCACGAUUUGCCAGCGAAUCCUUUUAAGGAUAUUUGGAAUAUUACAGAAGAGCCAAUUUCUUCUAAAGGGUUAAAAAUUGGUCAUGAUUCUGAUGUAACGAUCUCUUCAGUUGACCACAGCGAUGCUACUAAGGUAUUUGACACGGAUGCUGCCAAUCCAAAGUUUGUGUUUCAAAAGUUUGGAAAGCAAGAGGAAGGUGCAGAUUUAUUUAAUGUUGCCAGCAUUAAAACCGACAGUCCAACAACACUUCAUUCACCAGAAGACACAGAAAUGCCUCCUCCCAAAGCGGUAGUGGUGACACGUUCACAGACACAUAGCAAGCGGGUAAAGGAACCUAGUCUGAACCAGAACUACCCAGCCAGAUCUGGAGGCUAUGAGAUGCAGAUUAUACAUCAGCCUGAAGAACAACAUCGAGCCCGUUAUCUUACUGAAGGCAGCAGAGGUGCAGUAAAGAAUCGCUCCCAAGAUGGUCAUCCCAUGGUUAAGCUGUAUGGAAACACUGAUUCAGCAGUGUUACAAGUAUUCAUUGGGAAUGAUGCAGGGAAAACAAUCCGACCACAUGGAUUUUACCAGGCAUGUCGUGUAAGUGGAAAGAAUUCAACACCGGCUCGAGAACGGGACAUAGAUGGCACCACUGUGAUAGAAAUGGAUCUCACUCCAGCAAAUGAGAUGACAGCAUUGAUUGACAAUGUAGGAAUAUUGAAGUUGAGAAAUGCUGAUGUUGAACAAAGAAUAGGAUUGACGAAAGCUAAGAAGAAGAGUACAAAGGCACGCAUGAUAUUCCGUGCAGUGUUUAAGAAGGCAGAUGGAAAUUCACAGACCCUACAAAUAUCCUCCAGUACGAUAUUGUGUACUCAACCAGUGGGACAGCCCGAAAUCUGUAAGAUGAGUCACGAUGAAUGGUCAGUCGAGGGUAAGAAGGAACUGUAUCUAAUUGGAAAGAACUUCAUUAAGGGUACCAGGGUGAUGUUCCGUGAAAUGCAGGAUGAAACAAAGGUGCUCUGGGAAAAGGAGGCGGAGAUUGAUAAGGAUUACUUUCAGCCUACCCACUUGAUCUGUACCAUACCAUCAUACAAGGACACAAGUGUGACCAAGUCAGUAACAGUACAGAUCGUUGUACAAAGCGCAGGCAAGCAGAGCGAAUCUCAGAAGUUUGUGUAUACUCCUGAAGUGUCCAAGUCAACAUCCGUCGACACACCAAUGACAAUGGAGGAAUGUGAGACACCUCACAAGCGCAAAUUGUCCUUUACUGUGUCACCAGAGGCCAUUGAGCUUCAGCAGCAGAUUCAGCAGACAUCUUCAGGAAUGUUUCAGCUACCCCCGGGGACCCUGUCCCCAUUAGUUAAUAAUGAAGUGAUCAGCAUGCAAGUGGACCCGGAGGCGAAUGUCCCCACAGCCGGCCCUGUGAACAAGACAAGUGACAUGUUUGGAAAUGUUGGGAUCAGUAUCGCAAUGUCUGCCACGUCUUCAGCUCCCAUGGAUCAGCAGCAGACUGCCACAACAAUUCAGUCCCUGCUAGCCAGUGACCCAGAUCAAGCUUCCCAGCCUGGAAGUAAUGAGCUUGUUAAACUGGCAUUGGAGGAAAUGAAAAGUCUACAACAACAGACAGCGGCACAACAAUCACCCCAACAACAACAGCAGCAACAACAACAACAACAACAACAGCAGCAACAACAACAACAACAACAGCAACAACAACAACAACAGCAGCAGCAGCAACAACAACAACAACAACAGCAACAACAAAUACAACAGUUGGAACAACAGCUGCAGGCUACAGACCAAAAACCUGUGAUGCAACAGAUCUCUGCAUUACUGCAACAGGAUAAUAAUUUGUUAAAUUUUCCUUCAGCUGGUUUGGAAUUAAAUAACAUACCAUUUUUCAGUCACAUACAACCAACCAGCCCAAUAUCUCCACAACAAACUGCUCCAGAUCUGCAGCACCAGCAGAUUACAAUAGCACAGCAAAUAGCCUCUCAAGCAUUGACAUCUGCUUCUGUACAAGGUGUGGAGCCAGUCGCUCAGAAUGUCAUGCAGCUUCAUCAACCAGUACAAACGACCUGGGGACAGCAACAACAGCACUGUUUUGGUGACAGCCAGCAUUCUAUGUCCGUCGCGUCGGCCGGAAGUCCUAGUGGUAAUGCACCUACCAUGCAAGCUUCCCCAGUGUUGUCCUUUGGAGGUACGAACAACAUGCAGGCUCAGUCACGCGAGUCCAAUACGGGAUAUUCCUUUAUCGGCACGCCCAUCACUAACAGUGUGUCUCAGGUGUCGAUCCCCAGUCCUGAUCUAGUGGUGGAUAUCAAGCCGGCCCUGCCCUCACUUACAGCCAGCUUUCAAUGCAACCAAAUUCAGUCUACAUCAGCAUCAGUGUCAUCAGUUGUGGGCCAGCAGUCACUACCACAGGUGUGGAACCAAUCGCAGCAACAACAACAACAACAACAACAACAACAACAACAACAGCAACAGCAGCAAUGCUUGAAUGAUACACAACCAGUCACUAGCAUUGCACCAAGUACAUCACAGUCUGGCCAAAUUACAUCACCACAGAUCAUUAUCUGUGGGUCUAACUCUGCAAAUGGAUUUUCUACAAAUCUGAAUAACUUGGGAGGACAGCCUACACAGGUACCCCUACAACAAACGCCGCAACAGCAAACGCCACCACAGCAAACACCACAACAGCAAACACCGCAACAACAAACGUCGCAACAACAAACUCCACAACAGCAGACGCUUCCCUCACAGCAGCAACAACAGCCCGCUCAGACCCCACUAGGGCCCAUUGUUAUUUUACCUGGAGGAGUUGGCGGCUGUGGAAACAAUCAGCAAGUGGAGAACAUCCUGCGAUCCAUCAUCAGCAGCCUGUCCCAGCAACAGCAACCACCCCAACCUCCGCAGUCCUGA